CGAGACAAGCUUCAGUAAACCGAACAGUUUAAAAUUUAGUCCGCUGUGGCUUCUAAUUAUGCCAUUGUUCUCAGCAAGAUCUGAUCUCAAUAGUUACAAUGACAGAAACCCGAACCCUCAGUAGAGUUGCAGCAUCGCAAAAAAAAGGAUUAGCUUCUGGGAAGAAUAUAUCAAAGUCGUUUGUCGAAAAAAAAACCAGCUUUAGCGAUCUUGGACUCGACGAUUGGUUAUGUGACACACUGAAAGCAAUGGCAAUUAAGGAGCCUACAGAAAUUCAAAGAGAAUGUAUUCCUCCCAUUCUUGCCGGCAAGGACGUUAUUGGUGGUGCAAAGACCGGUUCCGGUAAAACAGCAGCAUUUGCCUUGCCGAUCUUACAAAAACUAUCGGAUGAUCCUUAUGGACCGUUUGCAUUGGUACUCACUCCAACGAGAGAGUUGGCUUUUCAAAUUGCUGAACAGUUCAGAGUGUUGGGAAAAGGAGUUGGAGUGAAAGAAUGUGUUGUUGUAGGUGGCAUGGGUAAGUUAAGGCUAAUGUAUUUCAACUGUCAUUGUAUCUUUCUUUGGUGUAAUAUGGUCGUAUGCUCAAAAUUUUCAUGUUCCAUAUUAGAUAUGAUGAAGCAAGCUUUAGAGCUGUCCAAAAAACCACAUGUUAUUAUUGCAACACCAGGGCGGCUUCGAGAUCAUAUCAGAAGCAGUUCAGGGGCAGUAGAUUUAAGACGAUGUAAAUUUUUGGUCAUGGACGAAGCAGAUCGUAUGCUGUCACCAACAUUCGUUUCCGAAUUAGAAGUGAUAUUACCUUUAUUACCCAAACAACGACAGACUUUAUUAUUCACAGCUACUAUGACAGAAUCUAUAUUAGCUCUGAGAGAUGCUGAAGAAGAUCCUAAAAAAAAGCCAUUUGUUCAUGUCUGUGACAUGUCGGUAUCGACUGUUGCCACAUUAGAUCAGUAUUACAUCUUUGUCCCUUCACAAGUGAAGAUGGUUUAUUUAGCACAUCUGCUGCGUACUGACGACCUGAAGGAAAAAUCAGUGAUUAUCUUUUGCGGCAGAUGCUCGACAGCACAAUUAAUGACAGAUACUUUGAAAGAACUUGGCAUUAGGUGUACAGCUCUUCACUCGGAAAUGACACAGCAGGAGCGAUUAAAUUCUCUAGGAAAAUUCAGAGCUGAAGUGAUAAAGAUCCUAAUUUCAACAGAUGUUGGCUCUCGUGGUCUGGAUAUUCCUUCCGUCGAAUGUGUUUUGAAUUAUGAUAUACCCCGAGAUCCUACAGACUAUAUUCAUCGUGUCGGUCGUACAGCUCGUGCUGGUCGAGGUGGUAAAGCUAUAUCAAUUGUAGCCGAGAAAGAUAUCCAACUAGUACAAGCUAUUGAAGCUCGUAUAGGUAAACAAAUGGAAAAAUAUGAUGUGGAUGAGAAUGAAAUCCUAGAAAAAUUGUCAGAAGUAACAGCAGCUAAGCGUGUGGCCAGUAUGGUAAGGAUUUCAAAAUUGCAACCUUCCACUGCGUGUGCAUAAUUCGAAUUUUGUUCCAUUUCAAAAUAGAACUUACACGAUGAGCAAACAAAAGGUCAUGCAAAGAAGAAGAAGAAAACACACAAAUAAUUGUCGUUUAUUCGAUUUAAAGUGUCAGUCUUGGGAAUAAAAAUGCAGCUUGGAAUUCAUAUUUACGACCAUGAAAUUUUAUUUGACUCUCUAUUGACAAUUUGCUGCCAACCAUCAGUAUUGUCUCUUAACAUAAUUGAUCAUGAAACGUUUUCACAAGACGUAUUUGUUAUCUAUUGUUCUAGAAUCCCUUU